UUGGCAGUGCCUGGUUUUGGUUUCCCGUGUCCUUCAUUUAUUUUCGGGGGUCGUGUCGUCCGUGCUCUGCGCUUGAUGCGAGACUGUGGCAACAAAUAGACGGAAUGUGGCCGAUCUUUAAGAAGGACGUGCUACUUGUUAGCACUCUGUAGCAAGAUCCUAAACAAAAGAGCCCUGCACCACUUCCACGCAAAAGUAAACGUAUCACCCUUGCAUGUGCAGGCAGCAUGAGAAGUCGCAGGAAUUCUGGAGUGCGCCUUGAUUACUAUCAGCGACUGGUGUGCCGUACAAUUCUUGACUAUCAGGAUCCUGUCACAGGUCUUAUUCCAAGUCACAAGCAAGAUGAUCAUGCCUGGGUCAGGGACAAUGUCUACUCCAUUCUUUCUGUGUGGGCCUUGUCAAUGGCUUACAGAAAAAACGCUGAUUUGGAUGAAGACCGGGCAAAAACAUAUGAACUGGAACAGGCCUGCAUUAAAAUGAUGCGAGGCCUGCUUUUAGCCAUGAUGAGACAGAAAGACAAGGUGGAGAAGUUCAAGCAGACUCAAAAUCCGGCUGACUCCCUUCAUGCGAAGUACAGCUCACAGACGACCGCCACAGUAGUCGGUGACCGUGAGUGGGGACACCUUCAGUUGGAUGCCACCUCCCUCUACUUGCUUAUCCUGGCUCAAAUGACAGCCUCUGGUCUUCAAAUAGUAUUCAACUUAGAUGAAGUCAAUUUUAUACAAAACCUGGUCUUUUACAUAGAGGCUACAUACUGCAUCCCGGACUAUGGUAUUUGGGAACGUGGUGACAAAACAAACCACGGGUUACCAGAACUGAACUCAAGCUCCAUCGGAAUGGCCAAAGCAGCUCUUCAAGCAUUGGAUGACCUAGAUCUGUUUGGGGGCAAAGGGGGCCCCUUUUCUGUGAUUCAUGUCCUGGCUGAUGAAGCUCAGAAGUGCAAUGCUGUGCUACAGUCAAUGCUUCCACGAGAGUCCAACUCCAAAGAAGUGGACGCAGCUCUUCUCUCAGUUAUUGGCUAUCCGGCAUUUGCUGUGGAAGACCCCGAGCUUAUAGCUCAGACACGGAAAAGCAUUCUGCAAAAGCUGAAGGGCAAAUAUGGUUGUAAAAGGUUUUUACGGGAUGGCUACAAGACUGCGAAGGAGGACCCAAGCAGGCUGUAUUAUGAAUCUUGGGAGCUACAACACUUCGAAAACAUUGAAUGCGAGUGGCCGCUCUUUCUCUGCUAUUUGGUGAUUGAUGCUUGCUUCCGUGGGGAGCGCCUGGAGGUGGAGGAAUACUGUGAUGCUUUGGAGCAGGUGCUCCUUCUAACUGAUGACGGGCUUAAACUGGUCCCAGAAAUGUAUGCUGUAUCAGCUGACAAGGUUGAAGCAGAAUACAAGAAUCCACACAGUCAGCCAAGAGUGCACGUUGGCAUGACUCCUUUUAUGUGGGCGCAGUCAUUAUUCAUCAUUGGCCGACUUCUACAAGAGGGUUUUAUUGUUCCUGGGGAGCUGGACCCCCUGAAUCGUAGGCUGGCCUCGGAGAAAAAACCUGAUGUGGUGGUGCAAGUGGUGGUGCUUGCAGAAGACCACAUAAUACAAGAAAAGUUGAUGCACCAUGAGAUUUUUGUGCAGACUAUACAAGAUGUUCCUGACUUUGAAGUGCUACCAGCAAGGGUUCUAGGACAUAUUUAUACAUAUCUAGGAAGAAGCUCUAAACUGGGCUUGAGUGGACGACAGUCACGAGAUGUGGGCAUUCUUAGCACAAGCAAAAUGUACUUGUUCAAGGAUUCUCUCUUGGUAUUCACUCCUCAGUUCGCAGACCAACAUCGAUUUUAUCUUGCCUCUGACACUGACCUUCUCAUUGAUACUUUCAAGACCGAGGUCGCCUAUCUGAAGUCAGCAUGGAGAAUGCUUGGAAGGCCAACAGUCAUCCUACCUGUUUCACAGGACCUCCUGCAUAAUGGAAAAAUACCUGGGGAGGUUAUAGCCACAAUAAAGAAGCUAAAAAGUGGUUAUACUACUGGUACUCGCAUUCUUUUAGGUACUCUUGAGGAAUUUGUGAGCACUUCCUGUAUUGCAAGCCUCAGCUUUGUUGGAAAUCAAGAGGAAGGACAUCCAGAACGUAUUCCAGCUGAACUCAGGGAAUACCUGAACAAAGAGUUCAGCAGAAAGGACGUAAGAAGAGACUCCAUCUUCCUCAGGAGGCAGUCUAUUAUUGGCCCUCCAAAGAGUCCAUCAGCUUUUGGCAGCCGUGGGAAGUUGGGUGUAAAGGGCCUUGUAAAGAGAUCAAGGUCCAUUCAUGUGGAAAACUUCUUCUCAUGUGACCAGCCAAGCAGCACAAAAUCAGAGGAGUUGCUGCCGACAUUGUCAGAGGACUCGUAUGGUGGUGUUGGUGAUACGGGCUCACCAGCCUACGACACAGAUGAGGAAGAGCUGUGCGAGAUGGUGGACCAGCCCAGCAAUGCCACCACCCUGGGUCUGUCCCAGCUUCAACUAGACAAGGUUUCCGAGAAGGAAUUGCUUGACUUGCUUGAGGAGAGUGAUUCUCUUGAAGAGCAUGGAGACAUACUGCACUGCCUAGUGCUGAACAAGGGUCUAAAAUGGGACACUGAGCUGGGUGAUGGCAAUCGUGUAAUCACAGUAAGACAUCUUCUGAAGGAGCUGUAUGAAAAGGCUUACAAAGAACACAAGUGGGGUCUUGUGAGACAUGUUGCUGGCCUUCUGGGAAAGAAGGUUGAAGACCUUGCAAAGGCCGUGACAGAUCUGCUUGUACGGCAGAAGCAAGUUACCGUAGGCAUGCCACCGAUGAAUGAAUACACCAUCACAAGGCCACAGCCAGCGAAACAGCUUCGUAUUAUCAUUUACAAAGCCCAUGGCGCUGAUAAAAGUGCGGCUAUGUUGACCCAAGAACUGCUUGUGUAUUUGUCUAUGUUCAUUCGAACAGAGCCAGAGCUCUUUCAGGAGAUGUUGAGGCUUCGUGUGGGACUCAUCAUCCAGGUCAUGGUUUCUGAGCUUGGACGUUCACUCCAGUGUUCUGCUGAUGAAGCAUCCGAAUACCUCCUCAACAUGCGACCAUUUGAAAUGAAAAUGCUUUUGCGGCAAAUUCUCAGUGGCAAAGAGUUUGUCAUAUUAAACAGCAGCGAAGGUGUUUUUUCAGUCCAAAGCAGCAAAAUAAAUAAGCAGGCCCUGCAGCAUACGAUGAGAGACAGUAUUGUCACAAGUACAAAGAAGCAGGAUGAAACUUUUGACCGCCAAGGUCAGUGGAUCCGCAGACGAAGACUGGAUGGUGCACUUAAUAGAGUGCCAAUGGGCUUUUACCCAAGAGCCUGGAAGUUGCUUGAGAGGUGUGUAGGCCUCUCUAUAGAAGGUAAAGUACUCUCUCAGCACCUGACAAAGGAGAUGACACAAGGUGAGCUUAAGUUUGCCCUGGAGUUUGAGCAUGUGCUGAACUGCAUCCCACAGCCAGAGUAUCGUCAGCUGAUGGUCGAAGCUAUCAUGGUGCUUACCCUUCUGGCUGAGCAUAAUGUUGUCACAUUUAUCAACAAAGUGAUAAGUGUGGAUGCCCUGGUGCAGCAUGCCUAUAAGAUGUUCUUGGAGGAUCAGAAACUUUGCAAUGGUGAUGCCACCUUAUGUUGUGCCACGGACGGUGUCCCUAAAAGCCACUGCAACAAAGUGGCCAAUCUUUGCCAGCACUUCUAUGACUCUGCACCUAGUGGUUGUUAUGGUACCAUGACCUACCUCAUAAAGGCUGUGGCAAUGACAGUCGAUGACCUACCAAACACAAAUCUUGACUGCACAAUUAGUUAAACUUGCUGCAGUGAGAUAAUAUGUGAGCCAGUCUGUGUGGAUCCUUAAGAUCAUUGCCUGUUGUUUGAGUAAUUUUACGUUGCGUGUAAAUAUAUAUAAAAAAAAUUAAAUGUGCAUAUAAGGGGUUCUAUCAAAGAAACUAAAGGAAUGAAAAUUUUUGGCAGAAAUGUAUUCUUUUAUGUUGCAUUGUUUAAUUGAAAAGCCUGUUCCAAAUGAUUUCAGCAUGUUUAUUGGAAUUUUAGCUCUUCGCUAAGCAAAACACACACGCAAUUUUUGUUGUCUUGCUAGAACUAAGGAGGUCACUCUGAAAUGCAUAAUUGAAAGCAUAGUAAAGAUUUAAUUUGAGAAAAGUUUCAGUAGUGAAGCCACUGUACUUAUGCAGUAUGUUUUUCAUUUGAGCAAACAUCUUGGCAAGUUGCCUUGCAGUGUACAGAUUAACUUAAAUAAUGUCAUUUACGUAAGAAAUUGUCAGUACUAUAUGCAUGUAUUUCAGUCAGUAUUCUGCAUGAAAUUUACUACUCCUUGUUAUGUGUGGUGUUCCUAGUGUACAUAUUCUGUCCUAAAUUUGUCAGGUGUGUUCAAGGCAUUGAUUAGCAUUGUUCAGCUGUUUCAGAAACAGUAAUGUCUCCUUUAUGAUUUAUUCUGAAAUUGAAUAUAGUUCUAGGUGUAUUGCAGUGAAUCCCCACCCCACCCCCACUUACACGCCUCGCAGCACAAGCACGGGCGCCUAAUGAUGUGCUAGAGCAUUGUACAGUAUUUCAGAACAUUCUAAUGAAGUGCCCUCACAUGGAUUUUUCCUAAUAGUAGUUGUUUUAUGCAUCAGUCAACAUAUUCAGCAUGAUGGUUUGGUCAGUAGAUACAUCAAAAGUAGUACUGGACAGCCUAGAUUCAUUAGUGUUUGACAGUGUGACUAGGUUUUGCUUCCAUUAUAAAGAAGGCAUAUUAUGUUUUACCCCUAUCUUUACAUGUUCUAGCAAAUGUGAAAAAAUGGCAAUUGUAAAGAAUAGUAUAGAUAGGCUGCAUGAAUUCAUUUUUUAAAAGCAAGGUUCAAUUCUUUGAAGACACCAGGGAGGGUGCUGCAUGCACUGUUGGCACCAAAAGUUCAUGUGGUGCAGCUUUAGUGAGAAAGUGAUAUUCUUGUGAAGAAUUGGAUGUGCAGCUUCCAAAAAAGUGAACACAGUUCUGACAGCACACAGUACUGCAAAUAUGAAGUCUCUAUUGCAGACUGCAUGCCUAAGAUUUAUGAAAAUAUAACUUGUUCGCAAGUCUUGUACCCUGCUAGGUUUUGGCACCAAUAGUAUCCCUGUUCUCAGUGUGCACAAGACGCAUAUGUUUGUGUAAUAAGACCUCUAGGGCUGUUUGGUGUGCAUUGUGAACUUCAAGUAUAGCGAGGGAACUUUUCUAGUCUGCCUCAUAUUUUCAAGUCCAUAAGCUGCAUUUGUGUGCAUGUAUUUUGUGCACAGGAUGUCCCACAUAAGUUGAACCAACCCACACAUGCACACACAAACACACACACUAAAAAAAAAAUGAAAGAAGGCACACACCAUGCAGGUGAAAUCGGUGCAUAUACAUAGUCGCAGCGACUGGCAAGCGAACAGCAGGCUGAGAUAGCAGACAACACAAUUGAUUAACUGGGCAACGCUCUCCAGUAACUCUAGGAAGCCUUAGGACCAGCCUGAUUGGAAGCUGUCCCAAGAGCAAACGAUGCAAAAAAUAACUCUAGAAUGGCAUCUGCCUUUCGACUUAAGCAGUGUGAUGAAGGCAACUGCGUGAGAAGUGCAUUGUCCUCAGAAGAAGCUUGCUUUCACAACUAAGUGCAUCUCCCGAUUGUUUUGUCAACUUUUAGAUGGCCAGAUGCCUUGCACUGACAUAAAGUGAAAGACAUGGCUAAGGAAGUGCUUGCUGCAUCUGCUUUGCUGCAGGAGUCCUGCACAUGUUCAAAUUGAGGCAGGAGUAGGAGGGGUACAGUUAGGUGCCCGAGGGUCCCUCCUCAGGUAUGUUAGAUGGGGAUGGCAAAAGCCCAGCAGAUUGGCAGCUGUGGCAAGAUUGCAGCCACAUAGGCUCCAUCACUACGAGGGUUACCCUGUACCUCCUCCAAAUUGUUAUGAAAGCAGAAAAUAUUUACUCUGACCUUAAAUGCAAGCACAAACACCAAAAGGGCCACCACACAGUCGCCGUUCCCCUGCUCUUCUCUUUUCAUCAAUGUGAAUCUGUUUCAUGCAUGGAUAUAACAAUAUCAUGAACUGUUUCCAGUGACCUUAACUCACAGAAUCAAACAAAAGAGUCGUGGUCAACAAGAAUACAGCGCCUUUCAACAUAACUGAUGCCCUCUUGCAUUAGUGGGGUCACUGGGCCAAGCCAUGAGUUCUAGUAGGUAGAAUAUAAAAAAUUAUUAUUCGCACAAAGUGACUCGGAAAUUGAUCAUGUUGGUUUUAACUGUUGUUUUUUUUUUAAUAGGUUUGGUGAAUUUAUGUGGGGCAUCCUGUACACAUACUUGACAAUUUUAGCUGUCGGUACUGGUAUGUCUUACUUGUGGCAAGGAGAAUAAAUGUCACUGGUGUUCCAUAGAUUUAUUGUUACAGCAGCGCUAGUAGGUGCAUUGGAAGUCUCAAGUCUGUGAAAGGAUCGAACAAGCAUGUGCUUUUUGUUUGGCUGUUGUUUUGAGAUUGCGUAGUUCAGAAAUUGUGAUCGGCCAAAGCAAAAAGUGCAGUAUUAUGAAUACUGCAAGAAACUACACUGUUGCUGCAUAACUGUAGAGACAGCAUUUGAAAGGCACUUUGAUAAAACAAAGAAACAGGUUUUUCUGUUAUACGCAUGGUAACUUUCUCACAUCAGAAUGUUUUUGCCAUUGUCAACAGCACUGCAACAUGCAGCUUUGUUUUUAUAUUUUUACUUGGUCAUUCCAGGAUUGCAAUGAAUGCACUAGUUAUUUUGAGACUGACUUGUAGACAAGACAAAAUGAUGUGAAUAAAGGCCAGAUUCGAAAUUCUUAA